UGCAGGCUGGUACAGUCUGGUGCUAUGAACUGUAUGAUCAGAGCAAAAAGAGUGGAAAAUCACGACCCGCCACCUGGUGGCCCAUGCCCCCGCAGCUUCUAUCUUUUUUUUCUUUUUAAACAGUGCGGCCUUGACCACGCAAAAGCCCGUGUGCUACCACCUCGCUAUCCUCUUUUCAAUCAUCCCGCAUUCACCUUUCCUGAUCAAUCAAUCAGACCAAGCUUGAUACUGGCAACGUUUUGAUCUUUUCUCACAGGGGAAGUUUAACUCCAAAAGCGUACUGUUUGACAAUCGCCGAGCCUCCCUUUUCAGAAUCCCCUUGACUUUAUUUGCAUCAGCCCGCAAAGCACCGACCAUCAUCUAGUUGGUUGUCAAUCACUUUUUUUUUUUUU